UCUUGUCGGAGAAUCUUAUUUCGUAGCUUGAGUGCCAUAACAUUAUUGCAUAUAAACCAUACGCUACAAUAAAAAUGAGACAUUCUUUGUUAAUCGUGCUAAUUCUAUCAAUGGCAAUUGUGAGUUUUGGAAUCAAAGUGAAUGUUAUACAUCAAUGGAAAUACAUUGAUUAUGAAUGGGAAAGUCAGGAACAGAAGGAAGACGCGAUAAAUUCUGGCACUUACAAUCCUUACAAAAACUUUUUAAACGGUGUAGACAGAGCGAACGAUGGUAGAGUAUUUGUUACUGUUUCGAAAUAUUUGAACACUGGUGUACCUGCUACUUUGGCGACAGUAACUAAUAAGACAGGACCAGGAGGUCCUCUUUUACGUCCAUAUCCAGAUUGGAGUUGGCAUAAUAAUAGCAGUAUGUGCGAUGGUAUUAUAAACGUUUAUAAACUGCAUAUUCGAUGCAAUCAUAUCUUUGUUCUGGAUAACGGCCAAAUCGGGUCCUGUCAAAUUUGUAAACCAAAACUAUUGAUCUUUAAUUUAAAAAAUGAUACGCUGGUUAAAACUAUUUACAUCCCAUUCACUAUUGUUGCUAAUCAAACGGACUAUGGAUUAUUGGUAAAGCCUGUCGUUUAUGUUCCCGGAAAAUGUGAACGAUUACUGGAUGAAAUGAUUAUAUUUAUGGCUGACACAGGAGGUUACGGUUUAGUAGUGUAUGAUUCAUCUACAGAACGUAUGUGCAGAGUCGAAUCUGAUUACAUGAAACCGACUGAUAUCUAUUUCUCUAUAGCACACACAAAUUUUACUUAUGUGGGCGGUAUUUACUCUAUGACAAUUCUUGAAGAACAACUCUUUUAUGCUCCUGUAUCAGGAAAAGAAAUAUAUAAGAUAAAAAUAAAAACACUAUUAAAAUGUCCAAAUAAAAAAGAAGCUAAUAAACAAACUCAACUCGUUCAAAAAUUAUCGAGUCAAACAGUCGACAUUACGUCAGCAAAAUAUUCAAUAUUUUAUAGCGAUACUAUGGGACUGUCCAUUUUGGGCACAAACGUUUGUAAGAAAUCUGGUGAAAACACGGUGUUACUUGCUCAAGAUAAAGAAAAAUUUCAAUCUGUAAGUUCGAUGACAGCUUCAAGCUAUUGGGAUAAGCUAAUAUGCAUGUCAGAUAGAUUUCAACGUUUAUAUACACUAAAUUUAAAAGAAAUAAACUUUCGCCAUUUUGAAAUGGAAUUAUCAGAAAUACUAAAAGAGAUGGAUCAAAGUGAAUAAAUUACUACAUUAAAACUAUGGAAAACUACGGUUCUUUUCUAAACAGCAAAAGCUAUGCAGAUCUAUGUUAUUAAUAAAAAACGAAAUUAUAUCUUUUUCUUACUUCAUACAUCUACAGGCCCGGCGUAUGGAAUUGUGAACUACACUUAAAAUUUAACUUAAUAGAAAUCCACACCAAAGAAAUAAAAAAAUUAGUUCAAAAAUCAAAUAUGCAAAAGUGACUAAAUAACUUGGCUGUAGGAGACACUGGUCAAAAGUAACGCGGAUGCGUUGUAAGACAUACAUAAAAAGCGUCAUAAAUAAAAGCGUAAGGAAAAGAUUAGAAGUGUGUGAUUAUUUAGAAUAUAGUAGUGUAUAAUUAUGUUACGAGUCCCGUCUUCUCUACUACAUAUCCAUAAGGAUACAGCGAAGGACAUAGACAAUAACUUGAAAUGAGUAAAUUCAUUAACAGAAAUCAACGGAGUGCGGUAAAUUUUGCAAUUGUAAAUGACAUUAAGAUUAAAAACAAACAAAUAAAAGAAAUCAUCAC